AGUUGUUACUACAAAAAUGGCUGAUUUCCUGCCCUCCCGGACUGCAGUAGUUUGUCUCCCCAAUUGUCUUCUCUCCAGCAACGAAAUUGAACAACAGAGAAAAUCUAAGGAGAUCGACAGGUGUAUUUCUCGGGAAAAGACGUACGUAAAGCGACUAGUUAAGAUUUUGCUUCUUGGAGCUGGUGAAAGUGGCAAGUCAACUUUCCUCAAACAAAUGCGCAUAAUUCAUGGGCAGGACUUCGAUCAACGGGCCAAAGAAGAGUUCCGGGCUACAAUCUACAGCAACGUUAUGAAAGGAAUACGAGUGCUGGUAGAUGCCAGAGAAAAGCUGCACAUCCCUUGGGGAGAUGCUUCUAAUCAGGCCCAGGGGGAGAUGGUGAUGGGCUUCGAUACACGCUCAUCCAUGAUGGCCCGGGGAGUAGUAGAGACCAAAGUCUUUCUGCAUUACCUACCAUCCAUCCGCACCUUGUGGGCAGACAGUGGGAUUCAGAGUGCCUAUGAUCGAAGAAGAGAAUUUCAGUUGGGUGAAUCAGUGAAAUAUUUCCUGGAUGACUUGGAUAGACUUGGGCUGCUGGACUACUUACCAACUCAGCAAGAUAUACUUCUGGCACGGAAGCCCACAAAGGGCAUCCAUGAGUAUGAAUUUGAGAUCAAGAAUGUUCCCUUCAAGAUGGUGGACGUGGGUGGUCAGCGGUCGGAGAGGCGCCGAUGGUUUGAGUGUUUCGACUGCGUCACUUCAGUCCUCUUCCUGGCCUCAUCCAGUGAGUUCGAUCAGGUGCUCAUGGAAGACCGCCAAACCAACAGGCUCAUGGAAUCGCUCAACAUAUUUGAGACCAUUGUCAACAAUCGUGUGUUUUCCAAAGCAUCAAUCAUUCUCUUUCUCAAUAAGACGGACUUGCUGGAAGAGAAGGUCAAGGUUGUGUCCAUCAAAGACUAUUUCCCUGAGUACACAGGCGAGCCACACCAUCUUGCCGAUGUGCAGAAGUUCCUUGUGGAGUGCUUCCGUAGCAAGCGCCGGGAGCAGCAGAAACCACUCUACCAUCACUUUACCACUGCCAUCAACACGGAGAACAUCCGCAUCGUCUUCCGUGACGUCAAAGACACUAUUUUGCAUGAAAAUCUGAAGCAACUCAUGCUGCAGUGAGACAUACCAUAACCUUUAAGACCAUUCCACAUUAAUGAGGUUUUUGUUAUUUAACAUGUAGUGCAAGGCCCAGAUAUUAGCACAUUCCCCAAAGUGGGUAGAUUUUACCGUUUGUGGAUGAGACUACUUCUCGAAGCACAUUUCUACGUUCUACUUUUUCUCCCCUCCCACCCCUGCAUUUUUCCACUUUUUGUUGUUGUUGUUGUUGUUGUUUUUAGCCGUUUUAACAGUCUGUCCAUGUCCAAAGACUAAACUAGUCAUAGUUGUACAUGUAAGCCCUCCCUGUUGUCAUCUGGAUCAGUGUUUUUUGUGGUGAGUAUUGGGUGUAUAACUCUCACAGUAAUUAAUUUACCCACAACCUAUGCAAUACAUAAUUUCUGAAAUGGCCACAAUAUUUGAUUUCAUUUUGGUUAUACAUUUUAUUUACACUAGCAGUUGGCUAAUAAUAUGAACAAUGGAGAGAGAAAUGAUUUGGCAAUAGCUUGAUGAUGAAUUUUGGACACGUACCCCAAGAACAAGUCCUACUGAAACAUUAGAUUCAUGUUUCAGUUUGGCUUGUGGUUUAUGUAGAAUGGACAGUGUGUUGUACUGAUCCCUACGGUCUGUUGACCGUUCUGAAAAAAAGUCUGGCAGUUUUUCACUUUAAUGUGUACUUUAAAGUGGAUGUGUUGUAGUUGGGGUUUUGUUUGCGUACAACAGCAGCUUAUGGACUGAAUGGCUAGUUUAAGGUUCUGUUUCAGGGUUGGUUUAACCCCCCUCACCCUCCUUUUUAUUGGAUUUGGCUUUCAUAUUUGUGUAACAGGUAUGGACAUGCCAUAGAACUCUGGUAAAUGUGGGUGAACUGUACACUCAGUGAGGCUGGCCCAAUAUAUGACUUGCAUUCCAAAUUGCAUGCUCACUGACUAGUUUUAAGCUUCGUUAACUAUUGAGACUCAGGGCUGUAAAUAUGCAUUGUAGAAAUGUCAGUUGACUAGGAUUGUGUUGGAACUGAACUUUUUUGCCAUUUUAGGAUUUGGCUUAAAAUGUUUAUUUAAAAAAAAAAAAAAAAAAAAAAAAAAACCCACACAAAUGCUAUUUCAAAACGCACAGUAUCGGUGCACUUUGUACUGAAACUGUAGUAUCCUUUAAGGUACCUGUGUAUGUAAUACCGUUAUUGUCCUUAUCUAAAGGGAAAGAAUCUUAAAAAUGUUAUGUAGAAUGUACAGUAUGUUGUACAGAUCCCUUAUGAUAGAUUUUAAUCAUGGUCUGCCAAUUUAACUUUACAAUGUCCUUUAAAUUGAAGUCAGUAUAACCAGAAUUAUCUAUGAAAGUCAAAGGUAGUCUAUAUACUACUGUACUGAACGAUAUGCUUUUAUUAUGUAAGAUUUACUUCAGCAUUUGAGAUGUAGGCUUAAGCGGACAGUUUUGCCUCAGGGUUUGUGGUGUGUGGGAUUUUAUUUUUUUUUCUUCUAAAUUUAGGCUAUAACAUUUGACUUUUCAUGAAGCUUAUAAGACAUUGUAAUAUAAUUUAAAUUGGAGAUUUAAUUUUACAUGUUUAGUUUGUUGGAGAUUUCCAACAAAAAACAGACUGUCCUUUUUAGAAGGUCCCUUAAUCUCCUGCUAGCCACUGACAUAAAUCUCUAAGAAAUAUAUCUUGAAGCAUCUUGUAGAUUGCAUACAUAUUAAAUGGUGUCAUAUUUAAUAGAAUAUGUCUAAGCCUUACUGUAAGUUUGAGUGAGAAGACUGUCAUAAUUUUACUGUAAUCGUAUGGUGGUAAACAAAUUUCCUGGAAACUGGCACUGUGGGUUUUUCAUUCGUUGCCCAUAACCUUGUCUUGUGUAGUAUCGAUUUUCUUUUUUUUUUUUUCAGUCACUUUUGUACAUAUUCUUUUGGUGCAUUAAAUCACUAUUUUAUAAAGAUAUUUUAUGUUCCAGGCUUACAUCAAGAACUAUUACUUUGUAGAUCAAGGGAUUGUAAAAAAAAAAAAAAAAAAAAAAAAAAAAAUGCUGUUCCAAUGUAAAAUAUUAAAUUAUAGGUGGUGAUUGGUUACUGAAUUGCUUACAAUUUAUCAUAUCAUCCACUGAGAACUCCUCCUUUUAAUCAAUUAUGAUUCCAUUUUUAUAGUGCUUUUAACCUUGAUCUGACCAUUUGAUAAGAAUCUAAUUUGUCUGAUUCACUAAAAAGGCUCAAACUUGUUAAUGUAAUUUGUUCAAAUAGCUGGCAUUUCCAAAAUGGAAGUGAUCAGGGAGUUGUGUACUGUUUAUAUACAAAGCUCUGUCUAAAUUUCCAGUCUGGGGAGGGUAUGCACAGCUUACACAAUUUGCCAAAAAUGCUAUGAAGUGUGUUCUCACUGUUUUGUCUGAAUUGUUUAAAACCUGAUACUAAUGUGGUUUGCAUGGCUUGUUUUGGGUGAAACAAUUACAAAGCAUAAAGACUCAGGGAGCCUAUAUUAUGUGUUUUCCUCUUAACUAGGUUAAUCUUGCUCUACUGGCUCUACUAGUCAUGUUCUACACAAAAAUGUACGUGUAUAAAUUGUGUCCUAUGAAUGCCAGCUCAGAGUCCAGUAAAUGACCAGUUUUUUCACUA